AUGCUUGCUGAGAUUGGGGACUAUUUCAGGACAAAUAGUAGCAAUGGAUUCAGUUCUAGCUGCUAUAACAAAGAGAAGCUUUCAGGAGACCUCUUGGAGUCCGAUUUUGUGAAUUCAUCAUUCGAUGACACAACACUCCACUCUAUGCUAUCUUCUUCAAUAAAUGCUGAUCCGGAGCAAUCCCAGAAACCACAACAAAGACACAAGAAUCAAUCCAGUUGCCAUCAGGAACUCAAGAUUGAAACAGAAGAUCAGCAAGAACCGUAUCUAUUGCCUGAUAUGCUUACCAAAAACAUAUUCAACUCACAGUCUUCUAUGUUUGUCUACUCCAGCAUCCCACAAAUAAGCUCAGUGCAAUCGUUUAUAGACACAAACACCUUUUCCGCUGUUGAUGGUGGUGCCGCCCCGGAAGGAAAUUCAUUGUCUGUGGACUCAACUUUAGGUCUAUCUUCUGACCAAUCAUUUGAGAAGCUAUACUCUUACGACCAAAACUUUGAGAAAGAACCACAAUCGCCAGCAUGUCCCUUAGUAAAAUGUGACCCAGUAAGCAUCAUGAAAACAUCCACAAACUCAUUGGAGACAGCUGUCAACACCAAAAGACGAAUGUUUCAGCUUAGAAACCAAAAUGAAAUUGAAAGUCUCAAUGUUUCUAGUGACAUCGUUGUUGCGACAUCAAAAUUUCUCAAUCAUUCAUGGAUCCCGCUGAUCCGUGGACGUAAUUUCGGAGGAAGCAACUGCAAACCGCCCAAGAAACCAUUAUUUCCUGGAGCGCGCUAUGUUACUGCCCGUCUACGAUUGGAAUACAGUAGCUGUAAAGAUAUGUGUCUACCGGAAUGGAACGAGUAUGAACUCGAAGACAGUAGAAGAAUCAUUCGUAUUGAGAGACUGUUCGACUCCAAUGAAAUCGUAGCCUCCUUUUCCAUUGUCGGGUCUGCUGUAGAGAACCCGGAAACUAGGCCUGUAUUCAAUCCUAAUGUCAAAGUGUUGGAAGUUUCGUGUCUAAGAUGUCUUACCAACAACAACGAGUCUGACGAGGAGAACUGUGUCAACAAAGAUUUGGAUGGCCGUAACCGCGAUAUGGUUAAGGACUCAUUUGGAUGCAAGUACUAUAUCACCAGUGUUGAAGUCAUAAAGAUUAUAGAAUUACUGGUCGGAAGCUCUUCAAUCUCAGAUCCUCAUCAAAUGAGAAAAGAAAGAGGGCGUGUGAGAUCCAACUUGGCUCAGUUCUGGUCCAAACGCCUAGUUUCUUCGUCCAGGAAAACCAUGAAACAAGGUUUCUUGCCAACAUGCAACGAUGAUUAUUUUGCAGAGCUGGCCCAUCGUAUUAACACAUACGACGUCAGAAAACCACGAUUAUUUGACAAGUGUAUAAAGAUUUUGGAAUGGUCUAAACUUAAGCCAGCUCUGCAGCGGGCUAUGCAAAGUUACUACAUGGUUCAACUGGAUGAAUCUAGCAACAAAAUUGCAACAGCAAACAAUUAG